UACAUAAACAGUUCAUGUGGCAGUUAAAAUAUUUUGUUUAUCGGAAGUUUUAACCGUCAAAUCAACUUGAGUUUCAACUGUGUUUUAUAUUGGAAGGUUUGGUCCUUCUUGUUUAGGACUGCGGAUCGUGGUUAGAUGAGCUUGAUUUGUUCAGCUAUUAAAUUCAGCCGAUAGUACUUGUAAAACUCUUUCAGUAAAAUGGCAACCUUUUCACAAUCCAUCAUUGACAAGGGCUCUGACAUUUUCCACGACUUCUUGUGCAACACCUGUGCAGACAAGAAACUUGAUAAUACAGCUGAUUACUACUGUGAAUCUUGUGUUAAGUUUUAUUGUAGAAAAUGUAUCCGUCCACACAGCCAGUUGUUUACAAAACAUGACCCCUUUGGAAGGGGAGAUAUGAAGAAAUGGCCAGUGACCAAAAAGGUGGAAGAUUUUCUACUGAAAUGUGAUGUCCAUGAAGAUAAAAACCUUGAAAUGUUUUGUUCUGAGCACAGUGAGCUGUGCUGCACAAAUUGUGCAUUCCUAAAUCACAGACACUGCAAAAAGGUAACUCUUAUAUCCGACAUCAUAAAAAGUCAGUCUACAGACCUUCAGCAACUGUCAAUUUCAAUCCAAAGUAUUCUAAAAGAAAUGAAGAAACUUCAAGACAGCCAGGAGGCAAGCAUUCAGUCUGUGCAAAGAUCAUAUGAUGAGCAGUUACGCAGGAUAGAGGAAACUCGGCAAACAAUAAAUGCAGCCUUAGACACGAUUGAACAGAAGACACUGAAGGAAAUGAAAGAUACUCUAACCAAUCUGCAAGCCUCUUCCAAAAACGAUGUUGACAAAUGCAUCAAGCUAAGGGAUGAAUUGACACAACUUCGAGACGCCAUACAGGACAUUAGUGAUAAAAGCAAACUGGAACUAUCCUUUAUAGCCAUCAAGAAAUGCGAGGACAAAAUAGAACAGUCUACAACUUUUCUGAACACAAACUCUCUUCAGGAUAAAUUCUAUAUAACAUUCCAGCCUAACAGUGAAAUUGUACAGUACUUGUCCAAGCUGUCUGGUCUUGGGAGGAUAGAACACAGUACCAAGACAUUGAUGGUGCAAGAGAAUCCAAACAAGGUAAUCACUGUGCUGAGGAAGUCUGAAAACAAUGUGAAAAUAUCAAGUGAUUCAAAAGACUGCAUUAUCUCAGCCAUCCUUGUCCUCCCAGACAGACAGGUAUUGGUUGUAGACUACAAAAAUAAUAAUGUCAAGCUUCUUGACCAGCAGUACCAGGUGGUAAGUCACUGUAGUGUGACUAAAUGGCCCUGGGCUAUAUGUCAGAUCACAUCAAGUGAGGUGGCUGUGACUGUGAAUGAAAGUAUAAACAACAAACAUGAGGUCCAGUUUAUCACAGUCAACAACAGGCAGCUGGUGCAAGGAAGAAAGCUUCAGUUACUACAUACAUGUAACGGUAUUGCCUUCCACCACGGAGACCUGUAUAUUACUUCUGAUACUGCUCUGUUCAAGUAUACACUGAAUGGGAAACUUGUCAGCAAGAUGUAUGAGGAUACAUCAGGUGAUUAUACAGUUUAUACGUGUGCUGUGAGUCCCACGGGGGACAAGUUGUACAUCACAAACAACUCCCAGCACAAGCUCCUCACCCUGGCCAGGGAUGGUUCAGUUCUGGCCACCUUCACUGACCCUGCACUACAAUACCCACGUGAUGUACACGUUACACCUGCAGGACAGGUGCUCGUUUGUGGAGACAUAUUCGCCAAUCCCUUCAUCCUACAGGUGGACAGUGAGGGCAAAAGGAAGCUGGCUACUCUUGGUACGGAGAAGAAUUGUUUUCUGACCCCACAAUCCGUCUGCUACAACAGACACACUGCCUCCAUCAUUGUGGGAGGACGUUAUUACAACAGCAUCAUGGUGUUCAAAGUGCAAUAGGUUAAUUCUACAUGUAAAUUUCAUUUUUGAUUCAGAUGAAUUAAAUUGCAAUUGGAUUGUGUUGUUGUGUUACUAAAACAUUGUAAGUGAUUUCAAGAUGCAUUUAUUUUGUAAAAAAAUGUAAAAAAAUGUCACAAGUUCAAAGAAUGUUUAGAGUUUCUGUGAACAAAAGAACUGCUAAAUAGUGUAUAAUAUUGUUACAUCUAUACACAUUGCUUUUGUAUUUCUCAUUUACUUUACAAGUUGACAAAAAAUGCUGGUGAAAAAAACAAUCAAUUUUAGUUCCGAAUAUAGUAAUAUAGUGUCUGUUAUUUACAAAACAUCAACAUUACACUGUAACUAUGUAUAUAGGCUGUAAUUUCUUUAAUAUACACAACAAAUGUAUUGAAGAUAGCAUUGAAUUUUUGUUUUUGAAUUUAAUAUAUGAUGAUUUUUUUCCUGCACUGACAACAUGUUUCUUGGUAAUUUAUAAUAAUUAACUUAGCGUAGCUGUGUAACCAAGGUUUUGAUCAACAUUAAUAUCCAAGAAAUGUUGAGAAUAUCUUCAAUCAUGAAACCUGAAUGAAUAAAUCGCCCCAUUGGUGCAAAACGGUACCAUGUGACAUUUAAUUAAAAAGCGACAUGGUACCUUUUUGCACUAAUGGUACAAAAUAUAAUUCAGCAUGUGCUAGCAUGAAACUUAUAGAAAUGCAACAUUGCGUUUUGCAAUAAUGUAAACCAACCCAUGAUGCUGUGUGGAAAGGGUUCUUAAAAUACAGCACAAGAGAUCUG